AUGUUCUCCUCACUUCUUAUUCUGUGCCUAACUUUUCCUUUGUUUUUGCUCUUCUUCUUCAAAUACUCAACAACCUCCAAAAACCCAUCAUUCCCUCCUGGUCCUAGAGGUCUUCCCAUAGUAGGAAAUCUUCACCAACUGGAAAGUUCUUCUCUUCAUAUGCAGCUACGGCAAUUCUCAAAGAAAUAUGGUCCUUUGUUUUCCCUUCAAUUAGGUUUAAGACGAGUAAUAGUUGUUUCCUCACCAAAACUAGCCAAAGUGGUAAUGAAAGACCAUGACCUUGAGUGUUGUGAUCGACCUAACUUACUUGGCCAACAGAAACUGUCUUAUAAUGGGUUAGACAUCGCAUUUUCCCCAUACAAUAGCUAUUGGAGAGAAAUCAGAAAAAUCUGUGUUAUUCAUGUUUUUAGCUCCAAACGUGUCUCAUGUUUCUCCUCAGUAAGAAAUUUUGAGGUGAAGCAGAUGAUAAAAACAAUAUCUCGACAUGCCUCAACUUCAGAAGUUACAAAUCUGAAUCAAUUAUUAACGUCUCUAAAUAAUACCAUUAUAUGUAGAAUUGCUUUGGGGAGAAGGUAUGAAGAGGAAGGAACCGAAAGGAGUAUGUUUCACCGGUUGUUCAGUGAGUGUGAAGCCAUGAUUGGUGGUAUCCUCUUUUUUUCAGAUUAUAUUCCUUUCAUGGGUUGGAUUGAUAAACUGAGGGGACUGCAUGCACGUCUUCAACGGAGUUUCAAGGAGAUGGAUAAGUUCUAUCAACAAGUCAUUGACGAACACAUGGCAGAUUCUCAUAAAAAUACUCCACACGAAGAUGACAUCGUUGAUGUCUUACUUCAACUCAAGAAACACUAUUCGUUUUCCAUCGAUAUCACCAAUGAUAACAUCAAAGCUGUGCUCAUGAACAUUCUGAUUGCAGCAACAGAUACAACUGCAGCCACAGUUGUGUGGGCUAUGACUUUACUGUUAAAGCAUCCAAGAAUCAUGAAGAAAGUUCAAGAAGAAGUAAGAAGUUUAAGUGGUGAGAAAGCCUUUUUGGAUGAAGAUGAUGUUCAAAAGUUUCCCUAUUUAAAAGCAGUGAUAAAAGAGACGCUAAGAUUGCACCCACCAGCACCAUUACUUAUUCCUAGAGAAACAAGGAAAAAAGUUAUGAUAGUUGAUUAUGAAAUUCCAGCGAAGACAAUAAUAUAUGUGAAUGCUUGGGCUAUUCAUAGAGAUCCUGAGGCUUGGGAAGAUGCAGAAGAGUUUAUACCAGAGAGGUUUUUAAACAGCAGUGUAGAUCUUCGAGGACAAGAUUUUUGUUUGAUACCAUUCGGUGCUGGUCGUAGAAUGUGCCCAGGUUUGCAUAUGGGUUUGGCUUCAUUGGAUGUUAUUCUUAGUAACCUUCUUUAUUCUUUUGACUGGGAAUUGCCGGAAGGAAUGAAGAGCGAAGACAUUGAUACAGAAACGUUACCAGGACUUACACAGCAUAAGAAGAAUCCUCUGUGUGUUAUGGCCAACUGCCAAAUGUGAAUCCAAAAGUUGUAAUCAGUGAAUUAUAGAAAAUAUUAAAAUAAAAGAUUAGUAAUAACAGAAGUAAUAAAAUAAAAGACAAUCCAACAAUAUAAAUAUCAGCUUAUGUUUCUUGGAACACACAUUUGUCUGAGUUUGUACAAGUACAUCAUUGAGAAACACAUAUUUAUCCAAGGUUGUAGAAGUAUAUCAUUUAGACCAAUUUUAUUUUUUA